ACAUUAACACUUUAAUAAAGUGCUACCAUCCAGUAACCUCUGAGUCUUUGGCCAUUCUCUGCGCUGCCUUGCCACUUCUUCAGGUUCUCACCGAGGUCGAGCAAUCCAGGGAAGGAGCAGCGGUGCCUUUAUUCUUCCAUUGAUCCCGUCAUCCGGUACCUUUCUACGCAUCAUCGUAAGUAAACCCCUUUUGUGUUAAAUCAAUCGCAUCAAACAUACUAAAUAGUCGUAUUCCCUCGGUAGAUGGUUAACCCCCGCCGAACUUCUUCCGUUGGACGCGAAAUUUCCCUCCGUGCCGCGGGUAUACGCCGCAGGCGUGCCUCCCGGUCGGUACUUAGGCUCCCUACAGCUCGUCAGUUGUUUGCCGACGAGAACGACUUAACAAGCAGAGUAACAAGGUACUCUCCAGUGCGUAGUUUCGCGCCCUCCCGCGCAUACCCUUAUCGUCCUCCCCGAAACCCUCCAGCGGUUCUUCAAGAGGAACAACAGCCCAGAGCCAGGCCGCCAUCGCCCAAUUACUCCCCCAUCCAGGAUUCAUCUAAUCCCAGCUACUCGCCGGUCAGGACACCGGAAGAUCUUCCUUCCAUACCGGAAGAACGAAGACCCAUAGAACAAAGCACAGAAACUGAGGCUGGUCCAUCCAACCCAGGUCAAGUUCUGGAUCCCCCUGAACCAAAUUUCUACCCGGAACCAGAGGACCUAGUCUUACCAAGCAGUAUCCAACCCCUCGCAGGACUAACAGACGAAGAUUUUAUCGAGAUCUACGAAUACUUGCAGCGAGAUAAUUUCUUCAACAACCGCGAAUAAUAACC